UUUUUUAAAAACAACAUGAAGAUUACCUCCCAUCAUCUGAUGAUAACCAGUCUCGUUUUCAGGUCCAACCUCAGGCUGAUCCCGCUUCUGCUGCUGUUUCUUGGUUACACUCGCGGGAUGCCACACGUUUUAAGAUUUGGAGGAAUAUUUGAAUCCAUUGAGAGUGGCCCUUCCGGAGCAGAGGAACUAGCCUUUAAAUUUGCCUUGAACACAAUCAACAGGAACCGCACCUUGCUCCCCAACACCACACUGACCUAUGACAUCCAGAGAAUAAACAUCUUCGACAGCUUUGAGGCCUCCAGGAAAGCAUGUGAUCAGCUCUCCCUCGGGGUGGCGGCCAUUUUUGGCCCCUCACACAGCUCGUCGGCCAAUGCCGUCCAGUCGAUCUGCAAUGCUCUGGGAGUGCCCCACAUCCAGACCAAGUGGAAGCAUCAAGUGUCAGACAACAGGGACUCGUACUAUGUCAGCCUGUACCCCGACUUCUCCUCCCUCAGCAGAGCCAUCCUCGACCUGGUGCACUUCUUCAAGUGGAGAACGGUCACUGUGGUCUAUGACGACAGCACAGGUCUCAUUCGACUGCAAGAGCUGAUCAAGGCACCGUCACGAUACAACAUUCGUUUGAAGAUCCGACAGCUGCCCACAGAGACCAAGGACGCCAAGCCACUUCUGAAGGAGAUGAAGAAAGCAAAGGAGUUCCAUGUCAUCUUUGAUUGUGGUCAUGAGAUGGCUGCCUGGAUCUUAAAACAGGCCCUGGCCAUGGGUAUGAUGACAGAGUACUAUCAUUAUAUUUUUACUACCCUGGACCUUUUUGCCCUGGAUAUGGAACCGUAUCGUUACAGUGGAGUCAACAUGACGGGGUUCCGCAUCCUCAACACAGAAAACUCUCAGGUGUCGUCAAUCAUCGAGAAGUGGUCAAUGGAGCGGCUACAAGCCCCGCCUAAACCGGACUCAGGCCUGCUGGAUGGAUUCAUGACGACGGAUGCAGCGCUGAUGUAUGACGCUGUGCAUGUGGUGGCGGUGGCAGUGCAGCAAUCGCAGCAGAUCACUGUCAGCUCUCUGCAGUGCAAUCGCCACAAGCCGUGGCGCUUCGGCGGGCGUUUCAUCAGCCUCAUCAAAGAGGCUCACUGGGAUGGUUUGACAGGACGUGUUCUCUUCAACAAGACCAAUGGGCUGAGAACAGAUUUCGACCUGGAUGUCAUCAGUCUGAAGGAGGAGGGGCUGGAAAAGAUUGGAACAUGGGAUCCUCCCAGCGGUCUGAACAUGACAGAAACUCACAAAAGCAAGACAUCCAACAUCACAGACUCUCUGGCUAAUAAAUCCCUGCGUGUAUCCACCAUACUGGAGGAGCCAUAUGUAAUGUUUAAGAAGUCUGACAAGCCUCUGUAUGGGAACGACCGUUUUGAGGGCUACUGUAUUGACCUGCUGCGGGAGCUGUCUGCCAUCCUGGGUUUCCGCUAUGAGGUGCGAUUAGUAGAAGAUGGGAAGUACGGUGCGCUGGACGAGAGCACAGGCCAAUGGAACGGCAUGGUGCGAGAGCUCAUGGACCAUAAAGCAGACCUGGCAGUGGCUCCUCUUGCCAUCACCUAUGUCAGAGAGAAGGUCAUCGACUUCUCCAAGCCAUUCAUGACGCUGGGGAUAAGUAUCCUGUACCGCAAGCCCAACGGCACCAACCCCGGGGUCUUUUCCUUCCUCAACCCCCUCUCACCCGAUAUCUGGAUGUAUAUUCUGCUGGCUUGCUUGGGUGUCAGUUGUGUGCUGUUUGUCAUAGCCAGGUUUAGCCCUUACGAGUGGUACAACCCGCAUCCAUGCAACCCCGACUCAGAUGUAGUGGAAAACAAUUUUACGCUGCUCAAUAGUUUCUGGUUUGGAGUUGGGGCUCUCAUGCAGCAAGGCUCAGAGCUCAUGCCCAAGGCCCUGUCGACUCGAAUAGUGGGAGGCAUCUGGUGGUUCUUCACCCUCAUCAUCAUUUCCUCGUACACGGCCAACCUAGCUGCCUUCCUCACUGUGGAGAGGAUGGAGUCGCCCAUAGACUCAGCCGAUGACUUGGCCAAACAAACUAAAAUCCUGUACGGGGUGGUGGAGGACGGUGCCACCAUGACCUUCUUCAAGAAGACAAAAAUCUCCACCUAUGACAAGAUGUGGGAGUUCAUGAACAGCAGGAGGCAGUCUGUGAUGGUGAAGAACGUGGAGGAGGGCAUCCAGCGCGUCCUGACCUCGGACUAUGCCUUCCUCAUGGAGUCCACCACUAUUGAGUUUGUCACCCAGCGCAACUGCAACCUCACACAGAUCGGAGGCCUCAUAGACUCCAAAGCCUACGGAGUGGGCACACCUAUGGGCUCUCCAUACAGAGACAAGAUCACAAUAGCCAUUCUGCAGCUGCAGGAGGAAGGGAAGCUGCACAUGAUGAAGGAGAAGUGGUGGAGAGGGAACGGCUGUCCCGAGGAGGAAAGCAAAGAGGCCAGCGCUCUGGGGGUGCAAAACAUCGGUGGGAUCUUCAUCGUGCUGGCUGCAGGACUGGUGCUGUCAGUGUUUGUGGCUGUGGGGGAGGUCCUUUACAAGUCUAAACAGAACGCGCAGCUGGAGAAGCGAUCAUUCUGCAGUGCCAUGAUGGACGAGCUGCGCGUGUCUCUGAAGUGCCAACGCCGCCUCAAACAGAAGCCUCAGCCGCCCGUCAUCGUUAAGACAGAGGAGGUCAUUAACAUGCACACGUUCAACGACAGGAGACUCCCAGGAAAGGAAACCAUGGCGUGA